AUGAUUGAACCAUAAAUGUUAGAAAAUCUGGAAGACUUAAAAUGUGCAUGUAUGAGUGAUUCUCCAGUCACAAAAGUAAUCUGCGAUCAUUAAUGCUCUGAAAUGAAUAGACUAUUAUGUGAUAAAUGUUGUUAAAACAAAAAAUAAUAUGCAUUAAAAAUGAAAAUUCAUGAGUUUAGCCAAAUCAUAUUGAAUUAAUAAAGAGAUAAGCUUGCUUCAUUUGAAACUUGCAUAUCGCAAUAUCAAAAUUCUAUCAAGUUAAUUUAACAAGAGCUUGAAUCAAUAAAAUAUAAUUGUAUUGAUCGACUUGAUCAAUUAUUGAAAAUGACAUAAGAAUGGAUUUAAAGCUUAGAAAAUCAAAAAACUCAAGCAGCCCAAUACAGCUUUAUUAAAGAGUUCGAAGCUAUUAUAGAAAAUUAAAGGAAUCCUAAGGUAAGAAACUAUACUGCCUAAUGUUAAGCAGAGAUCGACCUUGUAAGUGCUAGCUAUCUGAAGAGGGCAUAAUCUUAUUUAGAUUAAUUUUAGGCAACAUGUGCAUCCCAAUAGUUUAAUAAAUUAUUCGGAAAUAUAUAAGAACUUCAUUAAAAACAAUGGAAAUUAAAUUUGGAAUGUAUCAGUAAAAAGGAAAUUCAGAAAGCAAACGUAUCCUAUGCGAUGACAUUUAAUUAAGAUAGCUCUCUUUUACUAAUGAGUUUGGAUAGUGUUAUAAAAGUAUUUAAUAUUAGAGGAGGAGAAGUAAAAUAAUUACAAACUCUUUAACAUAUUUCAAAAUAUGUUACUACUCUAAAUGUUUUUAAGAGAGGAUCUUUAUUUUUGUCUACCUCUUUUGAUUCAUUUUUAAGGUUAGAAUCAUUCAAUCUAUUGUAAAGAUCAAAAUAUCUUUAAAAAUUUGAAGGACAUUCAGAUGGAGUUUUCUGUUGCAAGAUGAAUCCACUAAAUACUGUGAUUAUUUCUGGAAGCUUUGAUAAAAGUAUAAAAUUCUGGUCAAAAUCAUUGAAUUCAUCAUGGAAGUGUUUUUAGACAAUAUCCGAACUCAAUGGUGAAGUAUAUGAUUUAUCAAUCAACCAAAAAGGAGACUAGGUUAUAUCCUGUGGAGUUGCUGGAUUUAUUUUAGUAAUUGAAUAACAGAAGCUUAAUAGUUGGGUGAUCAUAUAAAAAAUCCAAGUAAAUCAACUUGGAGAACAUCUGAGUUACAUCAGUGACAAUUAAUUUGUAUUUUAACCUUUUACUUCUUAAAGACUUGAAUUCUAUACUUUAAACAAGGAAACCAAAGAAUAUAAGCAUUCGUAAAAUCUUAAAGAGAAUUACGUAGGCAUUAUAAAUAAAGGGAAUUCAAGAUUUCCUAUUAUUUACCAUUUCAAUAAAGGUUUCGUCUUAAAGUAAGCAGGCUAAGCAUUAAACUUUAUUAAGUUGAUUGAUGUUAAUUCAUUAAACUGUGUUUAGCAUAACGUUGAUGAAUUCAAAGAUUCAUAUAUUUAAGCUGCUCUCAGUGAUGAAGGAACAUUACUAGCAACUUGGACUAAAAACUAACAAGUUCUCUAAAUUUGGAGAUGUGUAUAUUGA